AUGACAGUCGACAACAUGGAGACUCAGGAGAUGGACGAGAGUGGGCUGCCUGGCCCCGGUGCGCCUACCCCUCUAUCCGCACUAGAGGGACUUGUGGGCUUGACGGCUAGAGAUAUCAAGCUAUUUGUUGAUGCUGGGUACAACACUGUUGAGUCGAUUGCGUAUACACCAAAACGUCUGCUGGAGCAGAUCAAAGGCAUCUCUGAGCAAAAGGCGACCAAGGUCUUGGUCGAGGCUGCGAAACUCGUGCCUAUGGGCUUCACAACGGCCACUGAAAUGCAUGCCCGACGAAGUGAGCUCAUAUCGGUCACCACCGGAUCAAAGCGCCUCGACACCCUGCUCGGAGGUGGCGUUGAAACCGGCUCAAUCACUGAGAUAUUUGGAGAAUUUAGAACGGGAAAGAGUCAAAUUUGUCACACUCUCGCCGUGACCUGUCAACUUCCUUUCGACAUGGGCGGAGGUGAAGGAAAGUGUCUGUAUAUCGACACCGAGGGAACCUUCCGACCCGUUCGUCUCCUGGCAGUCGCUCAGAGGUACGGCCUUGUCGGAGAAGAAGUCCUCGACAACGUCGCAUAUGCACGCGCGUACAACUCAGACCACCAGCUGCAACUGCUCAACCAGGCAUCACAGAUGAUGUGCGAGACCCGAUUCUCACUCCUCAUCGUUGACUCAGCAACCUCGCUCUAUCGUACGGAUUUCAACGGUCGUGGUGAGCUCUCGUCACGACAGACGCAUCUGGCCAAGUUCAUGCGUACGCUGCAGCGUCUCGCUGAUGAAUUCGGAAUCGCGGUUGUCAUUACCAACCAGGUUGUUGCUCAGGUUGAUGGUGGACCGAGUGCCAUGUUCAAUCCCGAUCCGAAAAAACCUAUUGGUGGUAAUAUCAUUGCUCACGCGAGUACCACUCGACUCAGCCUGAAGAAGGGACGUGGUGAGACUCGUAUUUGCAAAAUCUAUGAUAGCCCUUGUCUGCCUGAAGGCGAUUGUCUCUUUGCUAUCAACGAGGACGGUAUCGGCGAUCCUAACGAGAAGGAUGUGGAGAAUGAGUGA